CUCCCUUCUUUCAGCCGAUUGAUUUUCUGCAAGUUUAUUAUUCUUAUGCUGAUUCUCAUUUUGUGUUCAUUUCAAAGGAAAAUCAAGCAAAAGCGUAUGAUUGGGAAUGUCUGAUCGAGACAAGGAAUGGAAUUUUCAUCUAAGAACACUUUCUUCAAGCACCAGAGAUUCAAAUUUCGGCAACGAUUCAUCUCUUCUCCAAUCUGUGAAGAAACUCAAUGAAUUAUGCAGAGCUGAAAAGUCCGAGGAUUUGAUAGCUAGGGUCUAUCCACAGCUCAACAAGGUCUUUCAACGUUCAAUAGCUUCGGCUUCUCAAUCUCGAAACUCUGAUGGCGUUCUUUUACUGGCAAUUCUUCAAUUCUUUCUUGACUUUGGAGAUGUGGUUCUUCAUGAUGCUGAUCCUAGUUUGAGGAUAUUUUUUCGUUCAUGCUUAAGCCGUGAGUUCUCUGAUCCUGUUGUUGCUGAAGAAACAAUUAAUUUUUUAAAGCUGAAUAAAAGAAAACUUCAAACAUCAUUUCCUACAUUACUCCCUCAGUUUUAUCCGUUAAUGCUCAAAUUAAUCGCGUGGCAUGGAGAGAAAUUUGAAAAGUCAUUUAAGACUGUAUUUCCAGCACUUGUAUCUCCAGGAUCAUUUCUUCCUCUAUUCCCAUCAAUAGUGGAUUUACCCAUACUGGUUGUUGCAUUGGAAAGGGUAGAAAAAACAUCUGGGCCUCUUAUUGGUAGCAGCAUAGCUUCAAUACAGAAGAGUGCUGCUCCUGAGAUGCUACUUGCACUGAUGGAUGAAGCAUAUACUGGAUCGACCAUUGGGGAUGGAGGUGCAGAUUCCGAAUCAGAAGAUAGUAGUACUAUGGCUUCUAUGGACCCUCUGUUUCUCGAGUUUCUUAAGGAUGAAAAUGACGGCCUUGCGGAGCGCCACUGGACAUCUUCUGUGAUGACUUCAGCUCUUCAGGCUGCCAUAAAUGUCCCCCAAUCUAAUCGACUAAAGCAAGCGUUGAUGAUCACUUCCAGGAUUCUUGGUGUUUAUUUUGCUUUGGUGCUAGAUGAUCCCAAUGAAUCUUUGAGAUGUGCAUUGAUUCCCCUGCUUAUGGCAAGAAAUUCCACACUCUUUCCGGACAAAAAUUUUGCUUAUCAGGUUCAAAAGAGGCUUUUGGAAUUCAUGCUUGUUGCAUUUCAGAGAUCUCCACACUUUGUUGCACUUCUCAAGAAACCUAUAAUUGACAGACUUGGAGAAGCUUAUGAUAGUCCUGUAAAGGCAGAGUUGGCUGUACAAUUAUGUUGGGCGAUAGGGGAGCAUGGAGGUGGUGGUGGUCCUCAUAAAGAUGCAGCUCGUGAACUUUUUGAAAGUCUAGAGUUACUUUUGUAUGAAAAUCUUUCAUCGAGUCGCGUGGGUCUUUCUGGUCUCAACUCUGGAAGUUCAUCCUUUAGAAAGACAUUCCAAUCAAGACUCUUAUGCUAUGUUGUGACAGCUAUUGCAAAGCUCGCAACUUACCACCGUGAGCUACAACCUAGGGCACGCGUGUCCUUAGCUAAGGUGGCUCGUUCUAAAAUAUCAGAUGUGAGAGUGAGCAGGCGUGCUCGCGAUUAUUUAGGUUUAAUGGAUGAACCUGCAAUUUGUUUGUCAGUGUUGGGUCCUUCUCAGACAUCUGAUGAAAAUAUGCAAAAACCAGGUGUAGUUAACUGGAGAGAAGCUGGAAAACAAAUGGUUGCUCAUAUUCCAUUUUAUGUCUUGGGCCAACAAGAAGGGCCUCCCUAUCAUGAUUUUUCAUUAUCAGACAUUAUUCAGUCAAGAUAAGAACCAAUAAUAUGGACAUGAUUAUUUGAUCCACUUCAGUUGUUGAUAAGGAAAAUGAUGGAUAGUAUUGAAUGUUUUAUCUAAUAUAACAUCUAUAGUUUUCUUCAAAUUUACUGUUUUUUUUUUUGUUUCUUUUCCUUGUUCUUCUUUGGGUGUUGUUUGUUGUUUAUGCUUCCUUUUUUUAUGUUUGGAAGCAAUGAUCCAUUUUUGGAUUAUUUAGAGACUCAAAAUAUGUUGCUCAUUUACCAUUCUUCAAUAAAAGAAAGAGUUCAAUGUAUU